AUGCCACCAUGCUCCUUGGGGCAAUGCUCCCUGAAAUAUCCGCGUUCGGCGACCGAUUGGAACUCAUGGACCUCUGAACAACAAGGCGGUGUUCUCGCAGCAGCAAUACUCCUGUUCAUCUUCCUUUUUGGGGUUGUCUUGUGGUUCAUUAGUCAUAAGCGGAAGAAGGAGAAGCGGCGUCGUCCAUCGCGGCAUGGAAGUCAUGGUCGACAACGCUCAACACACGGCCGCCCGCGUUCUGGACCGAGACAUCGCAGUGAGACUCGAAGAGGGCGACGAGGCGAGAUUAUGAUACCCAAUGUUGAUGGGGCAGACGAAAAGGGAAAGCAAUCGAAGGAAGGACAUCAUCGCCAUAGUCAGAAAAAGAAAAGAAAGCGAAAUAAGAAGGGCCCAGCGCAGUGUGCUAGGUGUGCGUCGAAAUCGAGAUCUAGAAACACGUCCAGAGCCAGACCGGAAUCCAAGGGCAAAGGAAAAAUGGCGGUUGAGGAUCCAGGUGAAGGGCCAUCAGCAAAGCCUUGCACUUGA